AAUGGGUGGUCGGCGCCGGCCCGAGCGCGCGGUGCGUGCGCACGGACGUGGACGCGGCCCGGCCUGCAGGCGCCGAGCGGGGAGCGCAGCAGCCUCGGCCGCGGCCCCCCGCGCCGCGGGACCUUUGUGCGCCGCGAGCCCGGCGCCGCGCGCACGUCGCCGUCCCGGGUGCCGAGCGGGGCGCGGGAGGCGCCGGAAGAUGUGAGCCCGAGUGGGGCGCCGCCGGACGAGGGCAGAACAAGUAUUUUUCUGCUGUGGAUUGUAUUGAAUACCUUUUCUCAGAUUAAGGAAACAUCCCCAUCCCGGCCACACCAGCUAAAGAAGCAAACAGGUCAUGGCACGUUUAACAAAAAGACGACAGGCGGAUACAAAAGCUAUCCAACAUCUCUGGGCAGCCAUCGAGAUCAUACGGAACCAGAAGCAAAUCGCCAACAUAGACCGUAUUACAAAGUAUAUGUCUCGAGUCCACGGUAUGCAUCCCAAAGAGACCACACGUCAGCUGAGCUUAGCUGUGAAAGAUGGUCUUAUUGUGGAAACACUGACAGUGGGCUGCAAAGGUUCAAAAGCUGGUAUUGAACAAGAAGGAUAUUGGUUGCCAGGAGAUGAAAUUGCCUACAGUAUGCAGCCUUUCUCCAGGACAGCAACCCCAAACAAGGACUGGGAAACAGAAAAUCAUGACUGGUAUUGUUUUGAAUGCCAUUUGCCUGGAGAGGUGUUGAUAUGUGACCUGUGUUUUCGUGUGUAUCAUUCCAAGUGUUUGUCUGAUGAGUACAGGCUUAGAGACAGCAGUAGUCACUGGCAGUGCCCAGUUUGCAGGAGCAUCAAGAAGAAAAACACAAACAAACAGGAGAUGAGUACAUACCUGAGGUUCAUUGUCUCCCGCAUGAAAGAGAGGGCCAUAGACCUUAAUAAAAAGGGGAAGGAUGGCAAACACCCGAUGUACAGAAGGCUGGUGCACUCUGCGGUCGAUGUCCCCACCAUCCAGGAGAAAGUGAAUGAAGGGAAGUACCGAAGUUACGAGGAGUUCAAAGCUGAUGCUCAGCUGCUUCUGCACAACACAGUGAUUUUCUAUGGAGCGGACAGCGAGCAGGCUGACAUGGCACGGAUGCUGUAUAAGGACACAUGUCAUGAGCUGGAUGAACUACAGCUUUGCAAGAAUUGCUUCUAUUUGUCAAAUGCUCGUCCUGACAAUUGGUUCUGCUACCCUUGUAUACCUAAUCAUGAACUGGUUUGGGCUAAAAUGAAAGGUUUUGGAUUCUGGCCAGCCAAAGUCAUGCAGAAAGAGGACAAUCAGGUUGACGUCCGCUUCUUUGGGCACCACCACCAAAGGGCCUGGAUCCCCUCUGAAAACAUUCAGGACAUCACAGUCAAUGUCCACCGGCUGCAUGUUAAGCGUAGCAUGGGCUGGAAAAAGGCCUGUGAUGAGCUGGAGUUGCAUCAGCGUUUUCUUCGAGAAGGAAGAUUCUGGAAGUCUAAGAAUGAGGACCGAGGUGAGGAGGAGGCAGAGUCCAGCAUCUCUUCAACCAGUAAUGAGCAGCUAAAGGCCACUCAAGAACCAAGAGCAAAGAAAGGACGACGGAAUCAGAGUGUGGAACCCAAAAAAGAAGAACCAGAACCUGAAACUGAAGCCGUGAGUUCUAGCCAGGAAAUUCCCACAAUGCCCCAGCCAAUUGAAAAAGUCUCUGUGUCAACUCAGACCAAGAAGUUAAGUGCCUCUUCACCCAGAAUGCUGCAUCGAAGCACCCAGACCACCAGUGAUGGAGUAUGUCAAAGCAUGUGCCAUGACAAAUACACCAAAAUCUUCAAUGACUUUAAAGACAGAAUGAAGUCUGAUCACAAACGAGAAACUGAGAGAGUUGUAAGAGAAGCUCUGGAAAAGCUGCGUUCUGAGAUGGAAGAGGAAAAAAGACAAGCUGUGAGUAAAGCCGUGGCCAAUAUGCAGGGCGAGAUGGACAGAAAGUGUAAGCAAGUGAAGGAGAAGUGUAAAGAAGAGUUUGUAGAAGAAAUCAAGAAGCUAGCAACACAGCACAAACAGCUGAUUUCUCAGACCAAGAAGAAGCAGUGGUGCUACAACUGUGAGGAGGAGGCCAUGUACCACUGUUGCUGGAACACGUCGUACUGCUCCAUCAAGUGUCAGCAGGAGCACUGGCACGCGGAGCACAAGCGUACCUGCCGCCGGAAAAGAUGAGCGUCUCCACGAGGACUCUUCUCAGACACAGCGGUUUUUGUUUCCAAGAAGCCAAAAUUGUUUAGAAUUUGCUUCCCAUUUUGCACCAGCCUUUAAACACUUUUCGUGAAGAAAUUUUGCACAGUAGUUUAAAUCUUUUGUUAGUGCUCCUCCAGAGUUUUUCGGGGGGAUAUAAGUAACAUCAGUGGAGGGUCUUAUUUUAAAUAAAAUUUAAAAAUUUGUUGCAUUUUCAGCAAAUUUUAAAAUGUUUUUAGGUUUUACAGAGAUUUUAACCUUUAAACAACAGAUCUUUAAAAAAAAACAACAGGUGAAUACAGAGAACAUUUAAAGUAAUCUAUAUGCAAGAUCUGUGUCAGAAAGAAAUCAUACUACCUGGAUGUGGAACUUGAUGUAUCUUAACCUGGUUGAGCUGGUUUUGUUCAGCUUCCUUCACUGUUUAAAGGCAUUAUCUGUUGGUCAUGCCAGUGGGUACAUGAUUGAAUUUAGGGAACAGGGUUGACACAGCAGGUGCUAGUCCUGCAUAUUUUUUCUUAAAUAUUUCCCAAUUGUGUUUUUCAUUAUUUCUUUUCAAUAUAUAACUUUUAUAACAAAUUAUUAGCUUUGAUCUUGUAGUUUAAAAUUGCAGGGAAACUGGGGUAAUCUUUUACUGAGCUGGAUCUUAGAGAAAAAUGAAUAUUUAAAAUUUAAAGUUUGCACAUUUCAUCUUUGUCCUGAGUGCUUGUAACAGAAACAACUGAAAAUUUAAAAAGCCAAAAACUACCUUUAUCCAUACAUGAAAUUAUAGAUGAGGCAUAUAAAUUUUCAAUGCUUCCCUUCCCUCCCAAGUAUCAUCUGAUUGCCUAUUUUCUGGUGUCACAUCGUAUACUGUAAGGUAAAAUUAAAAAGAAAGAAAGCACUUACAUUUCACAGGAGCUGUUACAGUAAUGGGCCGUUGCCUAAAAAGAACUCCAUCACUGUACACAGAAUGAAGAAUAAUGCAUGUCAAUUUUUCUUGUAUUAAAGAUGCCGUGAUUUGUAAAAAAGUCUGUAUUUUGCGGAAUGUCUGGAUUAAGAAGCGUUACCAAUAGGAAUGGAUCGAUAGUCGAAUGAUUUUUUUAUAUAUACAUAUAUAAAAUAGAAAAACGUAACAUUUUUUUUAAAAUCUCACAAGUUUUGUUUUUUUUUUAAAGACAUCUUAGACCAAGUCCAAUUUAUCAGUUAUUUUUUAAGGUUAGAGAAAUAAUUUGUAAAUAUUUAUUUAGACCUCUGAUAUUUAUUAAAGCACUCACACACAGUGGAAGUAUCGGGAGUAAAACCUUUAAAAAGUUUUCUCCAGGAUUUUCAGGGUCAUUCUACAGGUGGAAACAGAACUAUCUUCUGUGAAAAUGGUCCUUCAUCCAGCCCUGAUACUGUUGCAGAUGGCGGGGACAGAAGCAAAUACUAGCCCUGAAUUAUACAGCGAGGGGCAUUCUGGUCAGGGUCCCUCCUUGUUUUGCAAUCAGUCAGUGUUACCAUGAAUCUGUGGUCUGAGAAAGACAUUGUAACCAGGAAUACUUACCUUCUCUGUUUUUAAGUUUUGAAACUUCGAUCCAACCCUAUGAGAGCAAGUUAUUGUGGAAAUAUUUUUGGUGUAAAAUCAUUCCAGAGUAUGUACUAUUUAACUGAUAGCUGCAUGAAAGUAAGAUUCGUGUUACUUUGGCUUUUUUUUGUCUCUGUUGACACAGUUGCACAUUUCCAAGUUACUACAGCGUGAAAUCUGUGUGUUUAAAAAAAAAAAAAAGAUUGUGGCCUGGUUUUGUAAAAGUUUUAGGUAAAAUUCCAAUUGAUUGUUUUAGGAAUCAUUAUUAAAAAUUUUCUGCAGAUCAUAAAGCUAUAAUCGAGGUGUCGAGCUUAGCCACUAUGCACAUUGUAAUUACUCAUUGUGGCUGUCCAGUUUUAUGAUGCAUUCUGGCAUUUUGUAAGCUGCUCUGACUAGCAAUAUAUAGAUUCAUUUAAUGUGUUAACAUUGGUUAAUAAAUGUAUUUAAAAAAAGGCUG